AUGGACAUAUUAUACAAAGUGUGGAUAGAAAUAUUUCCUACUCAUUUAGAAAUUGAUAAAAUGAUUGUUUAAUUACCAGGAAAUCUUUAAUUAUUAGAAUUUUACAUUUUUAUCAUAUAAAAUUGUGAAAAUAAGUACGUUAAUAUCAAUAGUUUAGAAUUUAAAACAAAAAUUGGUAAUAGUGGAAAGCAAAAUCUGAUAAAGGAAUAUUUCCAUAUUCUGAAGAAAUGUAGAUAUCAUAAAUGUUUGGAGACGUUCUAAUUGGUAAUUUAAAAAUUUAUACAAACCCAAUAGAAGCUCAUGAAUCUAGCAUUUUUGACAUCUAAAGUAUUUAUAUUAUAAUUAUUAGGCACUCAAUCCAAAGACACAAAUUAUAAUCGAAAUAAUUUUCAACUUGUAUAAUAUAUCCAAAUACUUAUUAUUUUAGAAUGCUAAUCCACAAGAAAUUAAGCCACUAAACAUAUAUUUUAACAUAAUAGAUCCAAAAUCCUCAUUAAAGUACAGCUGUUUGACAAAUACUAAUUUUACAGAAGUUAAAAAUGCAUUAUACUGCUAUUUAACGUUAAAUUAGUAAGAUUCAAUAAAUAAAUAGAGGAGUAGCAGAAUUUGAUUUCUUUUUAGAUGGAAAUAUUCUUAAAUUUACUGAAACAUAAACUUUUGGUUAAUUAGAUAUUGUCACUGAUACAGUUAUAGAUGUAAAAAUUAGAUGGUCAGGAGGAUUCUUCAAUAAUCAUAUGCUGUUAUUGUAAUAAGGUUCAUGA